AUGCCACAAUGUAUCGCCGGAUCGGUUGUGGCCACGCACUCCGCCAUGGAAAGAUAUCUUUUCCACGGCUUUAAUUCAGGCAGAGCUUUGUAUUUUGAGACACGAGCUCAAGGGGGUGCUUCCCCAGCCAAGUCUAAGCUCGGCCGUGUCAGUGUCGAUCUGCAAGAUUCGUCUACGGGCCAGAAACAAGCUCUGAAGCAGACCUCUCACUGGAGGGUGGACGUCCGCGCCGCGACGAGUCUCACUGACAGCUGUAGCUUGCAUGAGACACCAGGCGGUGUUCAUCAGACCAAGCACCGAGAACAGCCUCAAUCAACUGAACAGCGAAUAUGGAUUAUGCGAAUAGGGACCUUGUACAAGGAUUGGAAGCUUGGGCCUCUCGGCACCAGUAGAUAUACUGGAGAGGGAUACGGAUACCACAAGUACGAAUAUAGUAAUGGCAAUCGGUACAGAGCAAUAUGGGGAACAUCCCCCGAGUUCCGCGGAGAUAACCUCCAAUUGGCAAUAGCUUCAAUAUCCUGA